CUUACAAUGGACGGUGUUAAGCAUAAAUGUGGAGUUAAGGAGCCACCAUUUCUGCCUGGGGGCGUGGGUGCGGAAGAGCGCGCCAACCCCCAAGUCCAGGCUCUGUGCGACUUGGUAAAACCUGAGUUUCAGGCAAAAUCAGGGGUUAAUGCCGCAAAGUUUAAGGCCGUCUCCUUCAAAUCUCAAACUGUUGCUGGAAGGAACUACUUUGUGAAGGUGGAUCUUGGAGGAGGUCAGUUCUGUCAUCUGAGAAUAUAUGAACCUCUGCCUCAUACUGGAGAGAAAGCGACUCUGAGCAACUUCAAGUUGGGGAAAAAGAAGGAGGACGCCCUCAGUCAUUUCUAGAAAAUAUGUAGAACGCAGACAGAAAUCCUGCUCAGCCCUAUAAAAAUGUGUUGAAGGAAAUAAAUGUCAACCUUUGUUUGUUAA